CCUCUCGGGUCAGUGUGUUGCGCCCGCGCGCGCUGCCCAUCGAUCAGAAAUGAGCCUCGGCGAGCUCCCGGCUGUCAUCCUGGACGUCAUCGUAGCAUGCGCGGGGGAAGAGCAUGGGUGGAGACUCGAGGUGGUCAGCUCCUCCCUGCAGGCCACAUCGAUGGAGUGCGCCGCCGUCCGGCUUGGCAAGUGUCGCUGGAUGGGCGGGAACCGCGGGAUGGCCGAGUUCAGACCGAGCUGGCGCCACGUCGCGGUCGCUCUGCGGCGUUGCCCGUACUAUCUGUUGCGGCCUGGCGGCGGGCCAAAGCAUUUGAGGUUUUUCUAUCCCCACGGGGAACAUACUAUCGUGGAUAUUCGACCCAAUGCUUGCUUCGUGUCGCGCCGCCAGGCCGACACAUUUGCCAUCCAGCCUAACUCUCAGUGGGGCGGCGACUAUGGAAACAUUUGUGAUCACCCAAGUCGUGGAUAUCCGACCGGCAGAUAUCAAGCUUUCUUGACUUAUCAGAUGUACAACAAUACUUCGGUCCUUAUAAUGACGCCCAAUCACCUAUUAGAGGCUUCGACACCGUGGUUGUUGCAUCUAAGUUCCCACGCCUCUCAUUUGCCUUUUCGCCGCUGUCGCAAUGAGGAUGGUAGUAUUCCUCAUGUUCUGAAAGUCCAUUACGAGCCUGAGAAUGGUGCAAUACAUCAAGUCCAUCAAGUCCCACACUGGGAGCUAGCCCCCGCCACGCUCGCCGACGACGAGCGCUUCGAGUGGCGCGUGUAAGUGUAAGUCACAAAAACA